AUGAUCGCUUUGGUAGAACUAUCUGGUAGCUCCACUAAACGCUCUUUCUGCAAUCCACACAAAACAGUCCAUGAAUUUGAUUUGUUGAUGCAAUCAAUGCUUUUGCAGUUGUUUCAAAGUUUACUACUUUCUGGAAUUUGUUGUUAUUCGCAACUGAUUGACAUUGUAGAUCUUGAUUGUUUGAAGUUGCUUAUGAAUGAUAUUGUCGAUCUUCUAAUUGUUUCAGGCGUUGUUGGUGUCGGCUUUAUAGCUUUAAUAUAUCUUAUCAUUAAGAAAUUUGAUGAAGCAGCUGGAGUGCGCAUUAAAAACAGGGAAGUUGAAAAAAAGAAAGGAAAAGGAUUUUCUCUUUUUGUUCUUAUUGGAAUUCUCAUUCAUGCGGCUGAACCUUUGAAGAAACAGUCAACAAAACGAGUAGAAAUAGAAGUUGAAGAUAAAUUGGACAAUAAGUCUUCGUUCAAUUCAUCAAAAAUCGAACGGCCGCCUUGUUCAUUCAUCGUCAAUCUUUCAGUGCAGAGGCGGAAAACGCUAUAA